AUGGAUUUUUAUUGGAGAGAUCAGAAGAAACCAAAUGCUUCGUGCGAAGACACGAAGGUGUGACCUCCAUCAAGGUAAGGCAAAAAGAUGUACCUGUCAUUAGGGAGCGCAAUACGCGUGUGUCACAUGUAAUUUAAUCGGUCGACUCAUCUUGUCGACACUAGCGUUUUGUAAUGUGAGCUCGACAGGGUUACGUUUACUUGUCGGGAUACUCGAUACUGGAUGCUGGUAGAAAUGCACGGUUCGGUGUACUCCAAUACACACACACACACACACCACACAACACACAUGCACGCGUGCGCACACGUACGCAGCUCACAUACGGUUCUCGUCACCGGCUACCCGGCAGGACAUUCGAUUUCAGUCGAAAGCGAAAACCCGCUUAGCCCGUUUAGUCGUGUUGUCGCAGCGCACCGUUUUAUAGUGCAGCAUUCUUAUGGGUGCUCCCUAUUUAUUCGUCGACUUCAACUCGUCAUAUUACGGCCAGUCGGAGCGUUCAAGGUGCUACAGGGCUUGGUCAAAUGUCGUUCGAUUGUUGUGGUAGCGGCAAAAUCGCCGCCGAGGCGUUCGUGGACGGCCUUGGGACCGUAUCGCGUAUUCGACGAGCAAUUUACAAUAGUUUCCUUCACGACAUCCAUUUCAUGGACGUGUAUUGUUGGUUGUUCUUUGUCAUUGCUGUUUUCCUAUUAAGGGCCUUUCUAUUAGAUACGGUACGCCGUAUUCACGUCAUGAGGCAUCAGACUUGAAGAGUAGCGCGAUCUUACGGGGAACGCGAGAGACUAUUUUUGUUUUGCUGUUUAAUCGCCGGUGUAAAUAAAUGCAGUUCAAGUCCGAUUAAAUAUAACACCGUAACUCGGGAGUGCGCGAUACAUUCACGCGAUUUACUUUCGCCGUAUUGCAAUCCUCGAUACGAUGUAAAUAGUCUGGAUAAAGGAAUGGCGUCGUUUCGACGGAUUUCCCGUGUCACGGUGCCUCUGUAUAUCAUCAUAUUUGAUUGAUGCGAUUCGAUUCGUCGCGGACAAUUCAUCCACAUCGUACUUUACGUGGUUAAUACGUGAGUGUGCAGUGUCGAACAGUGGGUAACUAUGGUGUGUCGUCUGCUAAUGUUGCUGACACGAACGUCACACGAAAGAAAGAACGGCGUCCCGUGGAGGAGGAAUGAAUGAACGGGAAGAGGACGAUCGAGGCGUGGCGGGAGGGGAUGCGACGACCGUCGUGUUGUGACGGCCUGCUGCCUGCUUGCCGAUUUGUAUCGAGGUGAGAGUACGUCUACACACGUGUAUAAGUAUGCUUGCUUGCAUGUAUGUGCCAUGUGUGUUUAUUCACGCGAUCAACUGUGUCCACUGUCGUCACAGUCGCCGUCACUUUGCGUACACACAGCGAUGUUAUUUAUGCGUAGUCGCGUUCACGCAAUUCGUACGAACGUAAUUCGUUCUACUCGCGUGAGCUUCGGCCAGUGUGUUUCAGAGUGGCUUACCCUCAAAUAUUGUAACGCACCAUUGAAACGAUGAAAUUCUAAUUAUUAUCAAAUUGGAGCAAUAGUAAGCUUGCACGAUUGACGUCUCGGAUGAGACAUUGCCUAGUUAUAAUAUGUCAAUGCUACUGUUUGUUCGAUAAUACUCUCGAAUGCAAUGAUAAUGAUUGUUAUUUUCGACCAUAUCUUUGUAUAAUGCAUGAUAGUUUCUCGUAAAAUUUACAAUUGAACUGUGAAUGUUUAUUUCCAAAAUAUGAUGAAUUUGGAAAUUUCUAAAAUCUAAAGUAUGAAUUUACAUAAAUAGUCAGUUUACUCAAUAAUACAUAAGUUAUACAUGUGCUUCACGUUUUCGUAUCCAUUUUUAUCAUUACAAUUGAAAUAUUUAAUUUAGUUUGCGAUUAAAAAAUGUCAUAUAAAACAAAAAUUAUAAUCGUAUCAAAAACUUACCAAUCGUCUGACUUUAUGUGCAGUUUCAUUCAAUGAUGAACCUUAUGUAGUCAUUUAGGAAUACACAAAAGUAAGCAGGUGCCAUGUAUUUAAGUAAGUAUGUUUGUCUGCUGUCUGGAUAAAUAUGUCGUCGCGCUACCGGCUUUUCAGUUACUCUUCUUUAUGUUAAUACUGAGGAACUUUAUUCAUGAAGUACAUUGAAGCACACUUCUUUUAUUCACUUGUUUUUACACGAAAUUCAGAAAUCAUGCAAGUAAAUAGCAAGCUAAAUCUCGAUUGAUUUUUCAAUAUUUCGUUAUAUUUUGAAAUCGCGUUUAACCGAAUGUCACUUUUUAAUUCCGUUAAUCGUACUUAGAUUGUUUAAAGUAAGAUAGACAAAAAAUUGAUGCCUUAGAGAGCUUAAGCUUUGUAUUCAAUCUUUUGGAAUCUACAAUUUAGAUCACAGAUGUCGCGUCUUGCGUAGAUCUUAGAAGCGAGUUGUGCAACUACACUGUCGCGGAAAUCGUAAACAACUGGGAUAAUUUUAAACGCGAAAGAGUGAAAAAAUAAAAUUAUCAAGUUUCUCCAAAUUGUUUAAUAUAAUUACCGAAGUGUUUUAUACAGUUUGCUACAGUACAAUUUAUUACGGGCGUUGAAAUGCAUAAAAGUGAUUUUUCAUCAUACAACGUGUAAUUCAAAUAGCACAAGGUUAUACCGCGUUUUAUUGCGUGAUGUUAAAAUGGUAACGAGAAACAUACUUUAAUUACAGGUAUAUACCUUUCAUCAAACAUUUACAAUAAAAAUUAAUAUAAGUUUUAAAUAUAAGUUUUAAGAUUGAAAUGAUUAACAAUUGUCGUGUAUUAAAAUAUACAUGUAUGAGAAUUUCUCAAGUAACGAACUACGGUCUCUGAUCCAUAUAUGUAUAAGAAUUUCUCAAGUAACGAAUUACGGUCUCUAAUUCAUAUACGAGAAUUUCUCAAGUAACAAACUACGAUCUUCAAUCCAAUAAUGUUUGUAUUUUAUAUGAGAAUAAUAAUGUAAGAUAUAAAAGUCUGAUAUAAAAGUCAUAAUGUAUUUAAGUAUCAUGGCUUUUAGAAUUUCUAUCCAAAGAAUUUAGUUAAAAUUUCUAUUUAAAAUUUUCUUUUAAAUGAUAAUACAUGCAUGGCGCCGAUAGAUAAUUUAAAAAAUUAUUAGCUGUAACGUUACUCGUACUGCGUACGUACUUUAACAAUAUUUGUUUCUUUUUUUAAUUGCAGGCGAAGCGUCCGUCCCUCACUUGAAUCGAGCAAUGUG